AUGGUCUGAAGCUGUCGCCUGUCGCUACUGUCGCCUGUCGCCGGUUCGACUGUGUCCGUGGUAGUUUUCUUAGCUCCAGUGAACGCGACGAUAGAUUUAACCUGUAACUUUUUACUCUUCAUUUACCCAGUAGUUUUAUAAAUUCGUAUAAUAAUGAGGGCUGUACGAACGACGUGUAUUCUGAUCGCACUCGCUUGCUUCGUCCAUGUGUUUAGUAGCGCGUCUGGUGAAUCGAGCAAUGGUGGCCCUGAGCCAACGACUAAACCUAUGCCAACCGCAACCACGGUCACCACUGCAAUCCCUGAUACCACUACUGUUACCACUCAACCGACAACGAAAAUACCAACAACAAAAACACCAACAACAACAAAAACACCACCGACAACAACAAAUCCAAAUACCACUACUUCUGCACCAACUACACAAUCACCCACUACACCUACUCCUUCGCCUAAAACAACAACUCCACCAACUUCACCACCACCCACACCAUCUACUACGACAACACCUAUCACAACUGCUGUACCACCGACGACAACACCUUGCCCACCCGACGAUCGUCACUUCGAUGGACUCAGUUUCAUGGGUGGCAUAAUCCUAACUGGCGGUCUGGUCGCGAUCGGCUUUAUAUUGUGGAAAUUCUACAAAGCACGUACAGAGCGCAAUUAUCAUACACUCUGAAGCUACGUCAUAAAUUUGUGAACUCACACUAUGAUCCUCUCAGUUAUUAGAACUAAAUACUAUUGAUAAUUAUCUUAGUUAUUAUAACAUUGUGUAUUUUUUAUAUCGUCAUUAUAGUAUUUAGUAAGUACCGAAAGAUUGAAGUGCUCUUAGUACACUGGCGUGCUGUUAUAUGAGAUUGUUUAUCUCAAGUCAGACUAUUAAAAUGAGUGUAUUAUAAGAUUGUGUGUGUGUACAGACAAACUAAGGAAUCAAGAUCCUAAUGUAAAGUGUGCCAUGGUUACCUAAAUACAUUCCAUGGAAAAGGA